UUCAGAUGCUCGGAAGAGACUAGCGCAGAUUCCAACGGUAAGUUACGAUACCUGUAUGAGUCAAUGGUAAUUCUGUAUUGUAAUUCCCGCCCUUUACAAUCUACGUCAUAUGCAUCAUAAAAGGAACCGCUCGUGCCCUUAGACGGCGAAUUCUUCACUUGCACGAUUCUCCAUGCUAUCUUCCAUCAAUUCCCACUGCUAAUCUGUUUCUGCCUCUGGCUUCUCUCUUUCUGACUAUCUGAUCACCGUCACAUCCAAUUAUCUGGUCCUGUCAGAUAUCAUUUUCUUCCAGUUUCGCCACCAUUCCACAAGGUAAGCCCUCCGCCCGCCCUUCUGUCUUUAUUUUGGUCUACUUCCCCCCACCCACUGCCUAUGAUCAUCUUAGUAAUAAUCAUAAAUAUUACUAUUAUUGAGAGGCGAAGUGAAUUUCCUUCCUUUUUUAUAUUAUUUUUUAUAUUAUUUCAAAGUUUUCCUUUCCACAACUCCAGUUUCUACAACCCCGGAAAUUUCGGGCGCAGUUGGACUCGAGUAUUCCAGAUUGUUCCGGCACCAGUUCAGCUGGAAAUCCUAUAAUUCGGAUCUUUGAUCGUCGGGACUGACUAGGAAGAAAAAUCAAUCUUAGGUCCUUGGGCCUAGUCGAUCCACAGUGGCAACUCUGCUAUCUUCUUUAUCCCACUCCCCCCAGCGCUGACGUCCUUCCCCGUCAGAAAGGAGAGGAACAACUAUGUCACACCCUUCUGUACGUAAGGGUCUCAUCACCGAACCAGCCUCCGUUCCUGCUUCUCUCUACAACCUGGAUCCGUCCGUCUACAUACAAGACGACCAUUUUCCUCCCGACUCCUUCCAAGACAUAAACUCCUCCCUGCAGCAGUGCUUCCAGCCUCUCCCUGAACAGCAACAGCACCAAGAACAGUCUCCUUCCUACUACUACCCGUCAGAUUUACAAUAUACCACUCCGCCCUCAUCCAUCUCCUCGUCGCCCACCUUCUCCUCUCCCACCUUCUCCACUGACUUCCUCCCUGCUGCGACAACGGCGGCAGCAGACUAUCCUGCCAGCAGCUGCGGCAGCAUCCUUGAAGCUCCUUCGAUGACCCCAGCUUCAUCCUACAACCCUCAGAUUCACAUAGAGCACGCUGUAUCGCCGCCACCGCCACCGCACACGCAAUCCCAGCCGCAGCCUACGUUCCUGCCCUAUCACUUCGACACGCCGAUGUUGGCACAGCAUACCGUCGCAAACAGUCACAGCUGGAACAACGACCUUCAGCUGCUGGGCCAGCCCUCGGGGAAGGCUUCCCCUCACCUGUCGCCAGCUGGAAACACCGUCGCGUCCCAAGGCAGCCAGUCUCGUCAAGGUGCCAAACCCGCCACCGUGUCGAAACAGCCGCUACCUACUCCGGUGCAGACCCCGGUUCAAAACUCCUUCCUCGUGGCCCCCUUCCACAACUACGAUCCUGCCUCCCAGGAUGGUAGUAACCCUGACGCCGAGAUGGCUAUGAGGCGUGCGGUCAUCGAGCAUCACCAGCAACAACAACAGCAGCAUCCUCAUCAGCAUCGUCCGAGUGACUACUCGAUGGCGCAUUCAACGUCAAGUGUGAGCCAUAACUCUCCCGUCACUCCGCAAACUAAUUUUGACGAUCUCGACGAUGCAUCGAAGGCAUUAACCCAUGACUACGGUAACCAGAAUGGAGGAGCCUUAUCGAUUGGUGUCCCCAAGCUCAACCGAACAAUUUCCGACAUUUAUCAGGACGAGCUUUAUAACCCCAUGAUCGUGUCCACCCCCCAGAUGCCCAAACAGGCUUCGACAAACCAGAAUCACCUCCUCAACCCGUACCGCAACGUCUUUGCCGACCGGCUGCACGCAGCGAACCUGGGUCAUAUGUCCGUCCGGUCGCAGUCUCCUGCGACCGGCAUGAACAGAGACCGCUCUCCCUUCCAGCCAAGUUCUCAAGAGUUCAACUCUGCGCUCCAGCAGUCUCACCUGACAGCAGGGAUGCCUAUGGCACAGAGCAUGGUCAAUGGAGAACCCAAGACUAUCUCCCCGAAGGAUGCACUGUUGGACUUCCGUGAAAGUGACGACUCGUCGAUGCCACCCUUGUUCCCAUCAAACCAGGAUGACUUCAACCUUGGUGAUGCUCUGUCCCUUAAGCGGGAGAGUUCGUCUGCUUUCCGACCGGCACAGAACUUCUCGCCAAUGGAGUCUUUCCCUAACCAGUACAGCACGCAAGCGGCUGGUAUGCGGAUUCAGUAUCCAUUUACACAGCAGCAGCAACCCGCUCGCCAGGCACAGAUGUCGCAGCAGAUCAGUCACACUCUUCCAACAAUGGAGCCAUCCAGAACAGCUGUGCAGCCUGUGAACGAAAUAAUCGCGCGACCCGAAAACACAGGGGCGCACGAGGGUACGUACACCUGUACUUAUCACGGAUGUACCCUACGGUUCGACACACCGGCCAAGCUACAGAAGCACAAGCGCGAAGCGCAUCGUCAGACGACGCCAGGCGGCCACCUUUCGGGGCGUGACGCGCGCAACUCGCAGGCGGGACCGCACAAGUGUGAGCGCAUCAAUCCUUCUACGGGCAAGCCUUGCAAUUCGAUCUUCUCGCGGCCCUACGAUCUUACGCGACAUGAAGAUACCAUACACAAUGCGCGGAAGCAGAAGGUGCGGUGUCAUCUCUGCACGGAAGAGAAGACAUUCUCACGCAACGACGCAUUGACGCGACACAUGCGGGUUGUGCACCCCGAAGUUGACUGGCCAGGCAAGCAGCGACGACGGGGCCGCGAAUGAAGGCCAGUGCGUAUGUAUACUCGCCGACUGACGUGGAGGGAGAUGAUGCGCCGACAAAGAAACGCAUAGGGCGGACAGGUUUUCGCUGCAUGCGAAUAUGGCCGGCGCCAUGACGUCAUUAACUAGACAGCCGCCGACGUCAUACGCUAUUCCGGAUAAGGUAAGGCGCAGCGCGUGAAUCCCGGAUUGCCGGGGCGUCGUUCCGCCGGGGCCGGAAUCGAUCACGUCGGAUGAUAUCAGCACUCGCGUCGCGCCUUUGAUGAAUCACCAUGUCGUUACGUCCUUUUUAUUCUUAUCAUUACAUAGAUAUUUCACGGUCUUGGCUCCUUGAGAAUCAGCAAGCGUGAUGGUUUCUCGUUUCAGCAUGUCGCCUACGGUUUAGAUUUCCUUUUGCGGAUUAUUGUUUUUGCUCUUCUGCAUGAUUGGGUGUGAUACACUUGUUUAAAAAAGAAUGAUGAUCUGGAUUACGAUGGCUGUACAUUACCGGUUUCAUAUGUGUACUGUUUUUUAACUAUUGUCAUGUUACGAUGCUUUGCAUUCUUAUGGUCCCUUCCAGUUUCACAUCUGCAUUAGGUGGCAUGUUUUGGGGGUAUCAGGGUUUUUGGUCAAAUUGGUCUGGUUGGAUCCAAUGGGAGUAUCGAAAAAAGUUGCAUUUUCAUGAUUACUACGGUUGUAUCAUACUAUUAUUAUUAUUGUUUAUUAUUGUACCUAUUAUUGAUGUACAGGAUCACUCACAUACAGAAUGGAUGUACAGACUAUGAACUAUUA